GCAUUAAUGCACACUCAGUCCCCAUCCCUGAGACACUCUGGGCCAAGCCUCUACACACACACACACACACACACACACACACACACACACACACUCAGUCCCCAUCCCUGGGACACUCUGGGCCAAGCCUACUGUUCUAACUGUACUUGGCUGCAAAUUCUACCGUCGGUGUCUCCAUAGGAAGUACAGAGAAGCUCUGUCCUGUGUGGGCUAGCCUUGGUUCAAAUCUAAAGUCCCAGAGGCCUCGUGGGUAUCCUGGGGGUGGGGAAUUGGGGUGUCUUGUGGAUCAAAUACAUUUGGGAAAUAUUAGACGGGGUUACAUAGAACUCUUCUCAGUUGAACACUCAGAGACCCUAGCUCAGACUCUUUCGAGAGUCACUUGGUUGCCUUUUGUUUUAUUUCAAUUUUCUCACAUAGUGAUCCUGACAAAUUCUAGACAUUUCAAAGAUGCCAGCUCUGGUUGUUGUUGUUGUUGUUGUUGUUGUUGUUGUUAAUUUAAUAACUUCUAGCAAUUUUUUUCAGGAUAACCUUCACCCCAAUGCAGUUUGAGAAUACUUCCUAAAGGUUACAAUGAGACCACUGGGGGAAUAGAUCCCCAGCCUGACUCCCCGCGGGACUUCCAAGGCAGCAUAACUUCGGGUCCAGACUGGGCUGUCAGGCUUUUCCAGGAAGGAUCCAGGAACCCCUUAACUAAUCCAGGCAGUGACCUGGGAGAACUCGGGAGAACCCGUGGCAGCCCUCAGCAUCCAGGAUGUUCACUCUGACCAAAGCCUUGGAAAAGGCUCUUCUCCAGCAUUUCAUAUACAUGAAGGUGAACAUCGCCUAUGCCAUCAACAAGCCAUUCCCCUUCUUCGAAGCGCUCCGGGACAAUUCCUUCAUCACUGAGAGAAUGUACAAGGAAUCUCUGGAAGCCUGUCAAAAUCUGGUCCCUCUGUCCAAAGUGGUGCACAAUAUUCUCACCAGUCUGGAGCAGACUUUCCACCCGUCAGUGCUGCUGACGUUGUUCAGCAAGGUCAACCUCCGGGAAUACCCCAGCCUGGUGGCAAUUUUCAGAAGCUUCAGAAACGUUGGUUAUACCUACGAAGAGAAAAACAGACCCCCACUGACCCUGCUUGAAGACCUGGCCAACCCAGCAGAAGGGUGCUCCCUUCAGACACUGCUGCCACCACCCCGACCCCAGAUAUCGCUGCCAAGUCAUCUGUCCUCAGCACCGAGAGUCUGUGACCCCAGAGCAACCGCACAGCCAAUCAUUGAGAUCCUGGAUGAGCAGCCCAGUCCUUCUCCCCGAGCUGUGCCUCUCCUUGGCUGCAUUCAGGAAGGAAAAACCACUCCAGUGUCCUCCAGAGAUCACCAGAGAAAAGAUAAGGAAGACUCUCGAGAGAUGCCCCACAGUCCCUCAGGACCCGAGUCAGUGGUAAAAGAUGACUCUCCAGCAGCAAAUGACCUGGAAAUGGCCAGGGAAGUACCCUGCACACCUGCAAACAAGAAAGCAAGAAGAAAAAAACGUCCGAACUGGUCAAAUUCCAAAAGAAGACGGCAGAAAAAAAAGCCCCGUCAAGAUGAGAUGAUGGUCGUCUCAGCAGGAGUGGCCUCACCUGGACAUGGAGUUCAAGAGAAGCUCAAGGCAGUGAGCAGGAGGACUUUGUGGAAAGAUGACUCAUCUACGAACGUGAAGGAGGUGACCAAGACACAGAGAACAAGGAUGAGGCGUGCCCAGACAUCCAAUUCACAAGAGAUCAGCAAAGAGGCAUCAAAAACAAGUGGUAGAAAGAGGCCCAGCACAGCACGAAGAACCACACAAGUUCCAGAGAAGACCAAGAAUGACGCUGUGGAUUUCUCUCCCACACUCCCUGUGACCUGUGGUAAGGCCAAAGGGACUUUGUUCCAAGAGAAACUGAAGCAAGGAGCCUCAAAAAAGUGCAUUCAGAAUGAGGCAGGAGAUUGGCUCACUGUAAAGGAAUUUUUAAAUGAAGGGGGAAGGGCCACAUCAAAAGACUGGAAGGGCGUUAUACGUUGUAACGGGGAGACAUUAAGACAUCUGGAGCAGAAAGGACUUUUGUUCUUUACCUCCAAGAGUAAACCUCAAAAGAAGGGUGCCUAGCAGAUGAACUCCUGACCUGAUAUGUGCUCAGCUCCUGUGCUCGCUCGCACUCUGUCUCUGUCUCUCUGUCUCUCUCUGUCUCUCUCUAUCUCUGUCUCUCUCUCUCUCUCUCUCUCUCUCUCUCUCUCUCUCUCUGUGUGUGUGUGUGUGUGUGUGUGUGUGUGUGUGUGUCUGAACUUUGCCUUUGAGCCUCUGAGUGUCCCAGCUCUGAGGUCCUUCGUAGUUGUGGUCCUCAUCACAACUGACCCAGCACUGUGGUACACGCUCACGAUGUCCUUGUUCACAGCUGACUUACAAUGGCAAAGUGCAUGAAUACUAGACAGUAAAAAUAAAGCUGUUGGUGUCUCUGUGCGUUUGAAAACUA